AUGGUAAGCAUAGGAGUGAAGCAGUGUGUAACUAGCAUUAUGAUGACUACAAACAACAGUGUGGAGGCUUUGUUAGCUGACUCCCAGGCCCACCUCCAAAAUGCUAAAUCUGGCUUUGGACAAAAGUGUGAGAGAGUGUAUGAUUUCUCCCUCGCUGCCUCCUCAGCAGUACUUCACAGGCCAGCUAAGAACACAUUUUUCCAGAGUGAAUCAAAGUUGGAAAAAAAAAUGUUCACUUUUUGCUGGAUCCUACUAUUGUUUAUCAAAGGAGCAGAGGUUAGAGAGUUUAAUCUGACAGGAUGUCUUCAUAAAGAACCUGAAAGGAUUUAUCAUGCAAUUACUGAUGAAGAGUUUAUCCUGGAAUGUGUUUUGCCAUCCCAACACCGUACCCACAUGUACAACAACUCAUUUCUCUAUAAAAGUAAAGUGCUGUGGUUCUGGCAACAAAAAGAUGGAGAACCACUGAAGAUUAUCAGCAAUGAAAGCACUAACCCCACUCAGGAAGGGAAUGCACUUUGGUUUAGACCGAUAGGGAUUAAUGCUUCUGGAGUAUAUAUCUGUACGAUAAGGGAAGAAAUCCCAUGUCUCUCAAACGUCAUAAAGGUUCAAGCGAAGAACAAUACAAAUUGUUCGGAUAAUGGCAGAAAUGAGCUGUCUCUUCUCAUUGAAAAGGGACAUUCAAUUUCUUGUCCUGGGAUACACUGUUACAAUCAUUUACAAAGGUCGCCAGUGACAUGGAUUCAUGUAGAAGAACUUGAAGGCAAAUCAUUUGUUCAUGUGGCCACACUCAGGGAAGUUACUGAAAGGGACCUGAACAGCAACUUCAUCUGCUUUGCUCAGAAUUCUGUGGGGAACUCGACAGGAGUGCUCAAGCUAAAAAGGAAGGAAAGAGCACUUUUCAUAUUCAUAUUAUAUGGUGCGAUUGCAGUUCUAGCUGGACUCCUGGUGGGCAGUGCUUUUGUUUACCAGCAUUGGAUCGAAAUAGUGCUGAUGUAUAGAAAUUACUUGGCCAAGGACGAAACUAUAGGGGAUCGCAAAGAAUUUGAUGCAUUUGUGUCCUAUGCAAAACAAGACUCCUUUGAAAGGGAUUCCACUUUUCUUAAAGAGGAACAGUUUGCCCUGGAGGUCCUUCCGGAGGUGUUGGAAAACAAAUACGGAUACAAACUGUGUCUUCUUGAAAGGGACAUUCUUCCAGGAGGAGCGUACACUGAUGAUAUCGUCACAGCUAUUCAACAAAGCAGGAGAGCUAUAAUUAUCUUGAGUCCUGGCUAUGUCAACGGACCCAGCGUCUUUGAACUGCAGGCAGCAGUGAACUGUGCUUUAGAAGAUAACAUGCUAAAACUGAUUUUAAUUAAAUAUAAGUCGUUCCAAGAGCCAGAGUCUUUACCUCCAAUAGUGAAGAAAGCUCUUAAAAUUUUACCAGUGGUUACCUGGAAAUCUUCUAACUCUAACUCACCAAACAAACAAUUCUGGAAAUAUAUGCGAUAUCAUAUGCCAGUGAAAAAUAUCGGGGGGCUAGGGAAAAACAGUCUAAAGUUUUUUUUCCAUAGGUUAUUUAGCAUGGUUAUCAAUAGCAGAAAGGCCACUGGGAGAAGUCAGCAGACUAAGAAAUAGUGAGGUGAUUGUAGAGGAACUUCCUGUAUCUGCUACCACCUGACCACAAAUUUAAGAGCAUCUCAUUGAUAGCUCACUCUAACAUAAAGUGAAAAAAAAACAACUUCCUAUAGUGUGACAACCCUAAAAUCUUCAGUAGAAGCAAGCGGGACUGGAUGCAGCUGUGAUAUGAUGUCUUUCUUUUAUUAUUUUAUUUAAUAUUUAUUAUUUUCAGCAAAGUUGUAGCCAGAGACCCCAGUCAGAAUUUGGGCCCCAUUGUAGCAGAUGGUGUAUAAACCUAAGACAAUAGAGCGCUUACAUUGCAACUGUGUAAUUAAUAAUAAUAGUAAUAAUAUCAUAAUUCUAUUUCUAACUAAUACGCACAGUGUACGCAGGCUUUCCUGUGUGAAAGGAAUUAAAAGCAUAAAGAAAUAUGGAUGGGAUUUUCAUUUUUAUUUGCCUAGUUCGCUGUCAUUAAGUCAUUGGUAAAACUCCCAUGGAUUUCAGUGGGAACAGAGAUAAGCCAAGUUCGAGCAUUUUUGAAACUCCAACCCGGGACUUUUUUGUUUGUGUUCUUUUGCCCUGGUGAUGAUAAUAAUGAUAUCUCAGUCUGAAUGUC